AGUGUCUUUACUCGUGUCAAUGUCAUGUCAAAUGUCAAUGCCGUCAAUGGUGUGUCAUGUUUUCAUUUCUAAACAGUUUGUCUUAUUUUUUUCUCUUUUAGUGUUAUAAAGUUAAAUAAAUCUUAUAUUAUUAACUUAUAGAUAAAAAUUAAAUACAAGAAUAUAAAAAACCUUUGAAUAUCGAAUAAGUUGCCAUCGCUUUGCAGUAAUGAAAUAACUAUGGCAUCAUAUAACUAUCUCGUAUUAUUAUUGAUUUUUAGUUUUUGCAGAUCUGGAAAUUCGCAAAGGCUACAUGAGAAAAUUUACUCAACAAUUGAGGGAGGAGCAGCAUGUUUCAGACGUUUAAAUGGAACACAUCAAACAGGAUGUUCAUCGGCUGAUAAUGGUGCUGUUGGUGUGGUACAUAUAAUAAAAGAUAUUACUGAUGCCCAUUGGUUAAUGGAAAAUGCCACUGCUGGUCCAUACAUGGCUGUUGUGAGCACUGGUCUCUUUUACGAUGUGUUUGAACUUCUCUUCAAACAGCCAGAUUUAAUUGCUGGUAUUUUAUUAUAUGACAAUGCUACUAAAAGUGCUACACAAUUUAGUCAAGAUAUGAGCUGUCCUAAUGACUAUUCAGCAGCCGAGGGAAGUUCUUGUUCAGAUGGAGUUGUAUGGAACCCAAAAGGCACAGGACUCUUACGGAGAGAUAUACCAUUUCCCAUAUUUUACUUGCCUGAGUCAAGAUCACAGGAGAUAGAUAAAAUAGAUGAAUGCUAUCAAAGGUAUAACUCAGACAGAGACAAUCAGAAAGGCAGGCCGCUUUGUUCAAUACAGUUACAUUCAUUUAUGUUUGCUGCAGUGAACACUGAAGUAUGCUUGAGAAGAUCAGCUUCAUCAGCCCUUUUAACACCUACCAAAGUGUGUGAUCCUUUGGGAGAUUACAAUGUCUACUAUUCACUAUUUCCUAGGACAAAGGACACGAAGAAUAAAAAAGUUACUUUAGUGACUGCAAGGAUUGACACAGCUUCCUUAUUUGACGGCGUGUCCCCUGGUGCAGCGAGUUCCGUUGUUGGUAUGGUGACCCUAUUGACGGCAGCCACUACACUUUCCCAAAUGAUACCUAUACAAGAUGCAAACUUAUAUGAUGAAAAUAUUUUAUGGACAUUAUUCAACGGUGAAGCAUUCGACUACAUCGGGUCCCAGCGAGUGGCGUACGACAUAAGUAAGGGCACUUGGCCGGCCGCAGCUCCUCUUACAGUGGACGACAUCAAUUUACAUGUGGAGAUAGGCCAGAUAGGAGGUGCCCUGUCUAAACUUGAGCUCGCCUGGCCUCUUUACGCAUUUGUGCCUUACACUAACGUUGUACCUGAGAUUACUGAAUUUGUGAACACAUUAUGGAGCAACCUUCAACACAAUAUAUCAAUAAAUACCGAGUUCUCGACUCAUUUCCCGCCAUCAUCCCUUCAUUCCUUCCGUAGAAUUCUUAAAAAUGAAACGGAGAGUGCAGCCCUGCCCGAGGUGUUGAUUACCGACCACAAUACCGAAUUCACCAAUUUGUUUUACAAUUCAGCAUUGGAUGGAUUCGAUAAGAUUGAUUUUGAGUACCGCAAUAUCACUGUAGAUAGUAAUGGAACAUUUAUUUCUACUGAUGCACUUCUGGCUAAUGGUACGAUGAAAGAGGUUGACACACAAGUAAAAAUCGCGCGACUAGCAACAGGCGUCGCUCGAACGAUGUACCAAAGGGUUGCAGGGAAACCAUAUACUGAUAAUAUCACUGCUUCAGCGCACUUGGUGGACGAGAUGCUGUACUGCUUCCUGCGAAGCCAGGCGUGUCGGUUGAUAAUGGCGGCGGACUACGCGUCGAGCGGCGGCGGGGAGGAGAAGCCGCCGGAGCGCGCCGCGCCGCUGUACGUGGGCGUCGCCACGUGGGCGUCCACGCCCCCCGUCUUCGCGGCGCAUCUGCUGGCCCUGCUCACCGGCACCGCGCUCUCUGUCAACCGCACCCAGUGCGAUGCUCUCAACGUACCGGGCUUUUCGCAAUAUUGGCUAAGAGGGUGGAAUCAUAGUGGAGUUUGUAUGCAGACUACUAUGAACAUCAGUGCUGCUAUCAGCCCCGCGUUCAUCAUUGAAGACUACGACUUGAAGUCGGGCGUGUACUCGACGUGGACGGAGUCGGUGUGGCAGGCGAUGUGGGCGCGCGUGUUCGUGCGCGCGAGCGGCGCGGGCGCGGGCGUGGCGGCCGCCGCCGGCGCCGCCUUCACGCUGCUCGCCGCGCUGCUCACCUACUGGCUGCAGCGACACGCCGCGCUCAUAUUCUCCGACGCGCCCCGCCAUUCCAUUGUCAACGACGACGCCGCCUCCGGUAUACUAAGAACUGUCAACUGUUGAGAAGAAACUAGAAAAGUAUUAGGGAAGAAGACUGUCCAUGUGAGGGUAUAGUGUGGGGGAGGAAGAAAGCUUUGGAGGUAGACAAUAGAAAACAUUCCAUGCCUGUGUAGUGUUAGCCCACACUACUGUUAAUGUAUCGGUAAACGUCGAUGCCCUCGCUUUAAUAAUUAUUAAUUAUUAGAAUACGUGUUAACUAUAGCUAAUACGAAUAAACAGUUUUUACAUACACAUAUCUCAUGCGAAUUCCCACAUCAUAUACACAGUAAAUAUCAAAAUAAUUAAUAAUAUCACUAAGUUUUAACAUUUCACUGCUGAACUCUGAAUGCAAGUGUUAUUAGAAAUAAUAAAUUAUGUUUUAUAUUUGAUAUUUAUUUGAUGACAUGCCAAUUCAAGCUUUUUAUGACUAAAUGAAAAUAAAAAUGUUUUUUACCAAA